AUGGAGACCCAGCGAGCUUUCUCAUCCUACCGAAAGCGUUUCGGGACUUCAGGCGGCUCCCCAUCAAUGGGGGUCACCAGCCGCUUCAGCACGGGCCGCCUGUCCCUCCACAGCAGCCCGCGCCACCUCACCUCCAGUCCCAUCACCCUGUCCACUUCACGCCUGUCCCUGGGUGGGGAGCGGCUGGACUUCUCUGCAGACACCCUGCUGAAGGCCCAGUACCGGGAGACGCGCACCAACGAGAAGGUGGAGAUGAUGGGGCUGAACGACCGCUUCGCCAGCUACAUCGAGAAAGUGCGCUUCCUGGAGCAGCAGAACAAAAUGCUGGUGGCGGAACUGAACCAGCUGAGGGGAAUGGAGCCCAGCCGUCUGGGGGACAUCUACCAGGAGGAGCUGAGGGAGCUCCGCAGGCAGGUGGACGGCCUCAACGCUGGUAAAGCCAGACUGGAGAUCGAAAGAGACAACCUGGCCUCAGACCUGGCCACUCUUAAACAGAGACUUCAAGAUGAAACUGCUCUACGGCAAGAAACAGAAAACAACCUCAACACCUUCAGACAAGAUGUGGAUGAAGCAGCUCUGAACCGUGUGCAGCUGGAGAGGAAGAUUGAUGCUCUGCAGGAUGAGAUCAAUUUCCUGAAGAAGGUCCAUGAGGAGGAGAUGAGGGAGCUGCAGGAGCAGCUGAUGGCCCAACAGGUUCAUGUGGAUCUGGAUGUGUCUAAGCCAGACUUAACCACUGCCCUGAAGGAGAUCAGAGCUCAGUUUGAGGCCAUGGCCACUUCCAAUAUGCAGGAGACUGAGGAGUGGUAUCGCUCAAAGUUUGCUGAUCUGACCGAUGCAGCCAACCGUAACGCAGAGGCUCUGAGACAAGCUAAGCAAGAGGCCAAUGAGUAUCGUCGGCAGAUUCAGGGCCUGACCUGUGACCUGGAAUCUUUUCGUGGAUCUAACGAGUCCCUGGAGCGUCAGCUGCGAGAGAUGGAAGAGCGAUUCGCCAUAGAGACGGCCGGUUACCAGGACACUGUGGCCCGUCUGGAGGAUGAGAUCCAGAUGCUGAAGGAGGAGAUGGCCAGACACUUGCAGGAGUACCAGGAUCUGCUCAAUGUCAAACUGGCUCUGGACAUUGAAAUUGCCACCUACAGGAAGCUGCUCGAAGGAGAGGAAAGCAGAAUCACUGUUCCGGUGCAGAACUUCACCAACUUACAGUUUAGAGACAUCAGCUUGGACACUAAGCUGACUCCUGAGGCACAUGUGAAGAGGAGCAUAGUUGUGCGAACUGUUGAGACUCGUGAUGGAGAGAUCAUUAAAGAGUCCACUACGGAGAGGAAGGAUCUGCCGUAAUCAGUCUUAGACACGGGAUUGGAUGCAACUGAAGAGUUCAUCACUAAUGCUUCUGGAUGCUGUGAUCAAAUAUGUGAUUUCUUGCCAACUUUCCCUGCUCAUUCUCUCCUAGUGUCUAUAGUUCCUAGGAACUAUAUUCAGUUAUAUUAGCCACUAUAAGCAAUAAGCAACUACGCUUUGAUCUCUUUUUCUCCCUGGGAUUCUCUCUUUAUCUGUUCUUUAUCUGCACCCUUCAUGUAAUUUGCAUGAUAUUA